AUGGCGGUCGCAGGACACGAGUCGUCGAACGUGGGCGACGGAAACUCGCCUUACCUCACGAGCUUCCCCAAGCGGACGCGGGACGGCUGGUUCAAGUCCGACGACCCGGACCUGACCGUCACGUGUAAGCCGUUGGCCGGCGUCAACGUUUAUCUAUACGGCAGCACUAACUGCAGGAUCGUGGGUACGAGAGGUAACUACGAGUGGACUUUCAGGAUCUUUACGACAGGCGGCCAAGAGUUGCAGAAUGUGGCCUUGAUAUCUGAUGAUCAUCGAGCCAACUUCUUCCUGAAGUCAGUGCAAGACAAGGACGGCGUAGAGAUCGGCGAGACGAACGGCCAGGAGUGGCAGUGGAGACCCUACCCGAGUGAUCUUCGAGAGGACAAGAGACGAUACCUGGUGACAGUCAGUUUCAGUGCCAAGAGACACGGCACGUAUCGACAAGACAUAGUCUUCGGCUUCCUCAAUUGGCCGGUGUACCUUCAGAGAAUCUGCGCGGAUUAUUUGCCCACCGAAGACUACGAGCGAAUACAGAGAGCGACGAAUUAUCAGCAUUCGCAGAUUCCGUCGAGAUGGGAGAAGCCGUACGCGUUCUUCUCGCCCUUCAUUUCGCACGGCAAUCCGCGAGAGAUGAAGAUGUCGCAAAUCUACCCAUACCCGGAUCGGCAGAAUUUUGCCCUCACGCAGAACACGCUGUCGGACAGUCGGCUAACACCAGGAAACUACCGGGGUCGGAUGCACGAGAUGAUCACUCUCGAGGAGAUUGCCCGGCAUGAGCAGCUCUCGAGAUACAACCAGAUCUCGUGGCUACGUCUCAUGUCGCAUUACGUGCUGUUCAACAGCGACGGUUCCACUAUCGCCAAAUACACGCCGCCGGGUGAACUCUUCGCUCAGAUUCCACUCAGCAGGGACAUCUUGGAGGAUACGCAGAGCGGCAGACUUCUACAGCGCAGUUGUAAUAGCGUUCUACUCAAGUUGUGGCAGAAAAAAACCAAGUAUGACGUUUUCGAAGCGCACAUCGAAGAUAAGAGCUCGCACUCGAUAUACGUCAGACUGAGCAAAGAAUGCGUGACCUUUUGGGAUUUGGAGGCGCACAACGAGCUCGAGGUCGAAGUACAAUUCGUGUUGAGCCGUCUGAACUUUUGCGAGUGGCAUUUGGCGGUGGAUAGUCUCGAGGACAUGGAUCUGGUGUUCCUGAUGGAUGGAACAUACCGUAAGAUCGAUAACGAAAUUAUCCGCGACUUCAUGCAGGUUGACAGUGAUAAUCUGAGUAUCCUCUCUAGUCUACUGUUGAAUUCGCCACUCAAUGACGAACAGAAGCAAGUGGUCACCGCGAUAACGUUGUCGAUCAAAGCUUCUUCACCCCCAGUCCUUUUGCUAGGACCAUUCGGCACGGGGAAAACAUUUACCAUAGCGCACUUGCUGCGUAUGCUCGUACAAAAUACGAACAAUCGGAUACUUCUGUGUACGCACAGCAACAGCGCCGCCGAUCUUUAUAUCAAGGAGUUCUUUCAUAUCUGGUACAACAAGGAUAAACACUCCAGACUCAAGCCCGUUCGGAUAUAUUACAAAUUGCGUGCAUUAAACACGGUGCAUCCGACGGUUCAGCAAUACUGCCUAAUGGACGAGCACAGUCGUUUCCGCGAUCCGGUUGCGGCAGAUCUACAAGAUUGCGGCCUAAUAGUGACUACACUGGCAACAUCUAGUUGUCUAUUGAGUCUCAAAUUAUCUCCGACUCACAUAGUCAUUGACGAGGCUGCUCAGGCCAUGGAAUGCGAGGCACUGAUAGCUCUGACUCUGGCGAACCGAGAGACUCGUCUGCUUCUAGCGGGCGAUCAGAUGCAACUCGCGCCGGAAAUCUACAGUGUCCUAGCGAACGAGCGAGGAUUGGGCGUUAGCCUUCUCGAGAGAAUGUACGCGUACUAUCCACCGGAGCAUCCAUGUCGGAUACAUCUGUGUCAGAACUAUCGCGCGCACGCGGAUAUAAUCAAGUACACGUCUGAAACGUUCUAUGACGGGAUAGUUAAACCUGCCAACUUGCAACUGCUCAAGCAUCCCCACAUGAAACCGCUGAUAUUUUAUGCCGUUAAUGGCGUAGAAGAACAGGCUGAAUGUUCCACGGGAUAUCACCAUGCCACGGAGGCGGAAGAGCUAGCGAAUCGUGUCCUGGAAUUGAGGAGAGCAUGGCCGACGCAACAAUGGGGCCCAUACAACGAAGGCUCUAUUGGAGUCUUGUCGUACUAUCCUGAGCAAGUACAACGAUUGCGAAUCGAAUUGCGCAAGCGUCUGCUCUUCGACGUGUCUGUCGAGAGGGUGUUAAACGUCCAAGGCAAGCAAUUCACCGCAGUUUUCAUUAGUACAGUCCGGACGAGGAUAUCCGACAGAUCGUCCGCGGAGGUGAAAAUCAAGGACUAUGGCUUUUUAACGGAUCCACGUUUAUUAAAUACCGCGCUGACGAGGGCGAAAUGUUUCGUGGCGGUCGUAGGCGAUCCGGUCGCUCUCCUCACUAUAGGUUGCUGCAAAGAUCUUUGGAGGAAAUAUCUCGAAGCGGCCGAUCUGUUCGGGAUGGACCGAAAAGAAUUACAAACGCAUCUGAAUCAGGUUUCGAAAAUUCAAAUAUCGCCUUUAAAUCCGCAUGCGAGGGAAUUUUUCCCCAGAGCGACGCCGCCUCUGUGUUUCGUCCAGUAUAUUCAAGUGCCGAUUUGGUAUCCGAUGAUUUACCCUCCCUCGCAACGGCCAAUGUGAUGAAGCCGGGACGCGAAAUGCAAGAUUUUUAUCGAUCAUUUCGGGACAUUCGCUCCAAGAAUCUCAAAACUAUUUCGCUGUUACGAUCGUCAGCAUUUCCUUCGAUCGUAUCGAUCGCCGCAAGAUGAAAACUAUAUUAAGCUUUUUAUACACUUGCAUUGAAUCUACAGUUUUUUAUUUGUAUGGUGGUAUGAGUGUCUAUAAUGUAUAAAUCGUAAUUUGUAUUAUUUAUUAAGAUGUAUAUUAAGAUAUAGAUCAUAUAAGCACAUUUCAUUAAUUGUAGUAUAAAUAAUAUCUCUUUAUUUUUUGAUGUGAGAAUGAAUUAUCUAUUGAUAAACUGUUAAGAAAAUAUAUGUGAAUCAUACCUCGAAUGUAUUUCACAAUGAUUUAUUGAGUCUUUUAGAAUUCUUAUUUGUUUUAUAUAGAUUUUUAAGCACCAUAGACACAUAAUUUUAUGUAUACACGUACAGACAGAGCGAGAAUUCUAUGAUCAAUAUUUUGUAUUUAGAUUUUUUUAGGUUGAAUAUCUUCGAUUGUAAGACAGUGUAUUUCUAAAUAAAAAUAUAAUAGAGAGAUAUAUAGAUAUAUAUACAUAUUUUAUGUAACUUUAUUCUUAUUUGAGAAGAAUAAAAAUAUAAUUUUUCGUAGAAA